AUGCUGGUUAGCGGUUCAUAUGACGAAGCAGUUUUCAUAUGGGAUGUACGAUCUGCCCGAAUCAUGCGCUCUCUACCUGCCCACUCAGAUCCCGUAGCGGGUGUCGACUUUGUCCGAGACGGCACGCUUAUAGUCUCCUGCGCCGGCGACGGUCUGAUUCGAAUAUGGGAUUCGGCAAGCGGACAGUGUUUGCGCACGCUUGUCCACGAAGAUAAUCCCCCAGUUGCAUCAGUCAAAUUUUCACCAAACGGGAAAUUCAUCCUGGCCUGGUCGUUGGAUGGAUGUGUACGGUUAUGGGACUAUGUGGAUGGACGAUGCAUAAAGACAUAUCAGGGGCAUACCAAUGAAAAAUACAGCAUGGCAGGCACAUUUGGGCUGUAUGGACAUCGACGACCCCCCGCUUCUUCUAAAAAGUCUCCCAAAGAGCAGCAGGCAAACAUUGAAAAGGAGUACGCUUAUGCAGCGAGCGGGAGUGAAGACGGCAGGAUAAUAUGCUGGGACGUGAUAAGCAAAAAAACGCUGUUGGAAUUGACGGGUCAUUCUGACGUUGUUCUGGGGGUAGAUGCCUUCUCGCCGCCCACAAUGGACCAGAAGAGGCUUAUGGCAAGCUGUGGUUUGGACCAGACGGUUAGGAUAUGGGAAGAAAUCGAAGAUACAGCAGAGGUGAGAGCGGAAGAAACAGCUUUGAAAGAUGUACAAAAGGAAGAAAGCCCAGUGGACAAGGCAGAAAAUGAAGAUGCAUCGAUGAACACUGGGGAGGAUCCCGCGAUCAAGGCUGAUGAUAAUGAAGGCUCAGAUAUGCAAGAGCAGACUCCUUUGAUGGAGAAGGCUAGCAAUGACAAGGACAGCGAUGGUGAUUUGGUUAUGGGAUAG